AUGGAUCAGUCUAUCGCCGUUCAAGACACCCUUCAAGCAGACGAAAACUGCAUCAUUGCUGUGCAAUGUGAUGUCCAUUUAGAUGACAAAACAGAAAGCAGACUGCUGGGAUUGGUGCAAUCUGCAAAAGAGCAUGCAAUUUUUAUUUACACUCAUCGGAGGAUGGCGAUAACUGCGGACGAUGUGUCUUUGGAAGACAUCGUGCCGAUUGACCUUGACUUUGCUGUUGUUGAGAUUUCCUCCCCAGAGGAGCUGGUGCUUGUCGGUGCUGAUACCAGAGUACGAGUAAGCUACAAGGAAGAGAACCUUGAGCUCAGGCUUCCUUUUGGGUCCCACUCGCGACUUUUUCUCGGCGAGGUCAUAAGGGCAUGGAGCGAUGUUUGCAAAUUUCCCACACAAGAAGCCAAAUUUGAGUGGAUUAGCAAAUACCGAUCUGCCACCAAAGGACAGGGACUUGUCAAACAAGCCCUCGCACCCCUGGGCACAACGCUAAAUAAACUCAACCAGCAAAGAAAAACAGAGAAAUUGACAGACAAGAAAAAGAAAAGCUUGGAGCAUUUGAAAGGCUCCGACAGCGCCACGCACAACUCAAACACAGAGAGUCAGGGCAUCUCCAGCCGGGACGGUAGGGAUGACCUGGUUCGCUCUUCCAGCCACACGCCGUCCAACAAAUCUCACAUUCUAACCAUGCCGCAGUUCGGCCUUCGAGACAACCUCAUCAAGUGCGAGCUGCUGAAGAAUGAGGACUUGUACAUUUACCGUGAACAUUUCAGUUUUUUCCUUGGCACAUACAAUGUGAAUGGGCAAACACCCAAAGAAAACCUCAGCCCAUGGCUGAGCUGCACACAAGACCCUCCUGACUUCUACUGCGUGGGUUUUCAGGAGUUGGACCUUAGCAAAGAGGCUUUCUUCUUCAACGACACUCCUAAAGAGAUGGAGUGGACGAAAGCCGUGUCUGACGCCUUGCAUCCUGAUGCCAAGUAUGCUUUAGUAAAGUUAGUACGGCUAGUGGGCAUCAUGCUACUCUUCUACGUGAAGAAGGAGCAUGCCGAGUUCAUUUCAGACGUGGAGGUGGAGUCGGUGGGAACCGGCAUCAUGGGGAGGAUGGGAAACAAAGGCGCAGUUGGCGUCCGCUUUCGCUUCCACAACUCCGACAUCUGCGUGGUCAACUGUCACCUGGCAGCACACGUAGAAGAGUACGAGCGGCGCAAUCAGGACUACAAAGAUAUUUGUAGUCGCCUCCAGUUUCACCAGACUGACCCGACACAGCCACCAUUGACCAUCAUGAAGCACGAUGUGGUCUUAUGGAUCGGAGACCUCAACUACAGAAUUAGCGACCUAAAUGUCAACAAUGUGAAGGACCUUAUCAGCAGGAAGGACUUUGAGAUGCUGCACUCGUACGAUCAGCUCAAAAGGCAAAUUGACGAGGAGGCUGUGUUCGUCGGUUUCGUGGAGGGGGAGAUCGCUUUCCAGCCCACCUACAAAUAUGACACCGGCUCCGACACGUGGGAUACAAGUGAAAAAUGUCGUGUGCCUGCAUGGUGCGACCGUAUCCUGUGGCGAGGAAAGCACAUCAGUCAGAAGCAUUACCAGAGUCACAUGGCACUAAAGACCAGCGACCACAAACCUGUCAGUUCGUUGCUCAACAUUGGGAUCAAGAGAGUGAACACAGACUCCUACAAGAAGACCUUUGAGGAGAUUGUCUGCAAUUUGGACAAAAUGGAAAACGAGUGCAUUCCAUCUGUAACCUUGUCAAAACGAGAGUUCCACUUUGAGAAUGUGAAGUACAUGGAACACCAGGCCCGGACGUUGACCCUGGUCAACGAUGGCCAGGUGCCGUGUCAGUUUGAGUUCAUCCAAAAGCCAAACGAAACCACGUAUUGCAAGCCCUGGCUCACCGCCAGCCCCUACAAAGGCUUCAUCGCGCAGGGCGCUUCCAUGGACAUCGACCUCGAGGUCUUUGUUAACCGCCUAAUGGCACCUGACCUAAAUUCUGGCAAGCAAGAAAUCGAGGACAUCCUUGUUCUUCACUUGGAGCGCGGCAAGGACUACUUCAUCUCGGUGACCGGAAGCUAUCUGCCCAGUUGCUUCGGCACCCCCAUCCACGUGCUGUGUCGGCUGAGGGAGCCAAUCCAGGACAUGUCUCAGGAGACCCUACGACAACUGAUGGCCACAUCAGUGAAAGAGACACCGGCAAGCACAGAAAAGCCACUGGACAUUCCAAAAGAACUCUGGAUGAUGGUGGAUCACUUGUUUCGGAAUGCAAGCAAACAGGAAGACAUAUUUCAGCAACCUGGACUCCGGAGCGAAUUUGCAGAAAUAAGGGACACGCUUGACACUGGCAUAGCGGAUUCUCUUUCUGGCAGCAACCACUCUGUAGCCGAAGCAUUGCUUCUCUUCCUGGAUGCGCUUCCAGAUCCCGUUGUUCCAUACUCCUCCUACCAGGAGUGCCUCGAAUGUUGCUCCGACGCCUUGCAGUGUGAGAAGGUUAUUUCCAUGCUACCUCAGUGCCACCGAAAUGUUUUUAACUAUUUAGCCGCCUUCCUGCGAGAGCUGUUGAAGAAUUCUGCAAGCAAUCGAUUAGAUGUUACCAUCGUAGCCACUAUUUUUGCCUCAUUGCUCCUGCGGUCGCCGAGCAAGCAGGACCUCACGGAGAAGAGGAAAGCGCGAGAAUUCUUUCAGCACUUCUUGGGCUCACCUUAG